AUAUAUAUAGACACAUCCCUGUUUCCUCUCCAACUGCAAGAGACUAAUAUUCGGCUUUGUGUUUCAAAUUCCAGUUAUAUAGAGAGACACAUCCCUGUAUCCUCUCCAACAGCGAGAAACUAAUAUUCAGUUUUGAGGUUUCAGAUUUUCAGCCAAGUGAAGAUGGGUAUGGUAGUGGUGAUCUCUCUGCCUCUGAUUCUCUUCUGCAUACUUCUCGGCGUUGGCUGCUAUUUCUUGGGAAGAGCAAGAGGUAGACGAGAUGUUUUUACAAAUCCGCAGGUAUUUGGGAUGCCUACUCCGCCACCUGGUGCCACCUCCUUUCCCUCCCCUCCGCCGCCUCCAUACGUCAAGCCAGGGAACUUGAACAACGUCUAAGACAGACCCAUCUCGGAAUUCAAGUUGAAAAACUCAAGAUGAAUCUUCCCCUUGAUUGAUUCUUUUCUUUUUCUUCUUUUUGUUGCUUAUAUUUGUGUGAAAGCAAGGUCUGUAAUUAUAUAAAAAUCCUGUCUGGCGAAUUUUGGGUUGGUAUAUUUUUUUGUUGUAACAUGAAACAAUAAGAUAUAUGAAGAAGCUGAGUGUUUCUGAAGCUCGAUUUGUGUCGACGC